CAUGAAAAUGGCGGCGAGUCAGGGAGGCGGAGGAGCAAUAACGGGUCUGCAUAGCCAUCAUUACCCGAAUGGACCUCACUGGAACCCCGGGAUACUUCAGCAUCAGAAUCACCUGCACAAGGCUCGCAGCCUGGACCGCGCUUUGGAGGAUGCUGUGUGCUCGGGAAUAUUGAAUCUUAGUGGGAGGAAACUGAGGGAUUACCCCGGAAUGAGCUACGAUCUUACUGAUACAACACAUGCAGAUCUCUCAAGGAACAGUUUCACAGAAAUACCCCCAGAAGUCUGCCUCUUUGCCCCUUUGGAGACGUUAAGCCUGUACCACAACUGUAUAAAAUGCAUCCCAGAGGGCAUCAUCAACCUUCAGAUGUUAACCUACCUGAACAUCAGUCGGAAUCUUCUUUCAAUACUGCCAAAGUACUUGUUCAGUCUUCCACUUAAAGUGCUGGUUGUGAGCAACAACAAACUGGUCUCAAUCCCUGAAGAAAUUGGCAAAGCCAAGGACCUCAUGGAAUUGGAUAUCAGCUGCAAUGAGAUCCAGGUCCUGCCUUCUCAGAUUGGAAAGCUACAUGCCCUACGGGAACUCAACAUGAGGCGAAACUGCCUGCAGAUGUUGCCUGAGGAGCUAGCUGAUCUGCCACUUGUCAGACUUGACUUCUCCUGCAACAAGAUCACAGAGAUCCCACCCAUUUACUGCGGGAUGAGGCAGCUGCAGCUUAUUGUCCUGGACAACAACCCCAUGCAAUCACCACCAGCUCAGAUUUGCCUAAAGGGUAAAGUGCAUAUAUUCAAAUAUCUGAACAUCCAAGCUUGCAGAAUGGACAAGAAGCCCGACUCCCCAGACCUCCUAUCUCUGGCCAAGCGUUGCCUUCCACAGCCCCUGACAGACAGCAUGGAGGAUUUCUACCCGAGCAAGAACCAUGGGCCUGAUUCAGGCAUUGGGAGUGACAAUGGCGAUAAGAGGUUGUCUACAACAGAGCCCUCAGACGAUGACACCAUCAGCCUCCAUUCGCAGGUGUCAGAGACCACGCGGGACCAAGGUCGAGUAGACACCCAUCCACUGCUCUCCAAGCUGGGCUCCAACAAAGAUCAAGAGCCUUACGACUAUAUUGACCCAAACCCAGAGGAAGAUGCAAUGCCGACAGAGGGGGCUGUGCAACAGAACACCGCUUAUGUUUCAUGUUUAAAGGAAUUUGAGAAGGUUCUUAAGUCACACCACAGCAUAGACAAGGAGAAAGAGUCCAGUUUAGAAAAAGAGCAGCUGAUGGAAGAGGUGGAGGAUGAGCUCAAAGAGGUCAUCGACCUGAGGAAGAUUGCCUCCCAGCUCCUCCAGCAAGAGCAGCAGAACAGGUUACUCAGUCAUUCAAGCAGCAGUGCUAACAGCAAACAGAGAUGCUCUGCUCAAACCAUCAGGAGCUCUUUUGUGGAGGAGGGAAGCUUGACAGGGACGGUUCUCAGUGCACAGCCUACCUCCUCAGUGUCCUUUGACGGGACUCAAAGCCUGGAGACAACAGACCCUGAGCACAAGUGGCCUGAAGUGCCUCCAAUACUGAACCAGGGAGAGGAGCGAAGGCGGAGUAAAUAUUUAAGAAAAGACUAUCUGAAGUUCAAGGGUCAGAGUGCACGAAGAAACUCCAGUGGCAACGAGCAUGAGGAAGGAGUGCGGUCAGCCGAUCUCAGCACCACCUUAACAGUGUUUGGUUUGAAGCCAAGGUCAGCAUUUUCCCGGGGAAGUAAUCAGGACUACAGUUCCACUGAUCCCAGCUUUACUAUACGCAGGAAAAUGGAGCAUCUAAGAGAGGAGAUGGAACAGAUUGGACUUCUUCGGCAGAACCUGGAGUCUAGGCUAAAGGUGCUGCUCCCAGAUGACGUGGGUGCCGCUCUCAUGGAUGGUGUAGUCCUGUGCCACCUGGCCAACCACAUUCGGCCUCGCUCUGUGGCCAGCAUUCAUGUGCCCUCCCCGGCAGUGCCAAAACUGAGCAUGGCCAAGUGCCGGCGAAAUGUGGAAAACUUUCUGGAUGCAUGUAAGAAGCUGGGUGUGCCUCAGGACAAGUUGUGCCUGCCCCAUCACAUCUUAGAGGAGCGAGGGGUGGUGAGGGUUGGUAUGACGGUCCAGGCAUUGCUGGACUUGCCUGCAUUGAGGCCGUCUCAGCUCUCAGGUGUAUAGCCCUGUUUGACCCCCUGACUGCUGCACCACUCCUGGGAGAGGGAAGCUAGCCACUUCACACUGUCCAUAAAGGACCACGGAAACAACCACCACCAGCAGCCCUCUGCCCGUAGGUCUAUUGAGGGGAGGGAGAUUCUGCAGAACCUGACUGAAUUGGGAGGCGAUACCUAAACUGUCUUCCUGUAUGAUGUCAGCGACAGUAGAACCAGCAUAUCUGAGCAUUUUACCAGGUUGCCACAAAAUAAAUCUUUUCUUUUUGAGAUAAGAAAAUAAAUGGUCUGGUAAAACACAGUCCUCGGUGCUAAAACUCCUGUUGGGGAGAGGAUGGCUCUUUUGUCUGCAGUGCUGGUCCUCCAACACUAAUAAGGUGAUAUAAGGAUGUUGCCAAAUUCAUACUGCAAUUUACGUGUAAUGCCAGUAAGCAUUAUUUUACAGUUUAUAAUCUUAGUGGCGCAAAUGUUCUUCACAUUAAUUUGUCUUUCAAUAAGUAAGUAAAUGUAAGCUCAUAAAAACCAUAAUUUGUUCCAAUGUGAUGAUGAUACUUUUAUAUUACAUUUACAAACCUGUGUUUCACAUAAAUUAAGUGCAGCAGUAUUCAGAUAUGUUCAAAACAGGAUUGGAAAAUUAGAUUUGAAACCAAAUUUAUAUUUUUAUGCUGCUUUAUAAUGACCAUGUUUUAAUUUCUUCUUUUAAAGAUGGAUUUUUAGAAUUAGGCCAGAAUAACAAUGUACUUUCCCCAACCACAAGGCUAAAUCCUGAAAUCCAGUAGCUGCUGUUCUACAGCAAGUAAUCUCUUUUGGGUUUGCAACUUUAGUUAAUUAGCAGAUGCUUACUUACAUUUUUAUUUUUACAAGGUUGCACUGUAACAUUAUGAUCAUAUAAAAGUAACAUUCCAUUUGAAAACAGUGUACAAAAACAUUGUCCUAGGUCACUUGUAAUAUAAUUUAAUUUGCUAGUUUGACUUACCAUUACACCAGGGUGCAACAUGACCAUAAGUUAUUAGAAUGUGAAUUUGCAUCCCUUAUACAGAUCUCACCUAUAUUAUUAUGAUGUGACGAUCAGGACAUUUCAUAGUUUUGCUCCUUCAUAGGCACAUUGUAUUCUUGAUCAUGAAAUUGGUGAAAGGUGAAAUAUGUGUGAAAUAUGACCAAACCACUCCAAAAUGUAAAAGUUUUUAUAAAGGAUAAUUUAAUGUAUAAUUGAGAGUUUUAUCUUUGGUUUUUCAUUCGAUACAUGUUUUUAUGACUGUUCUUAACUUAUUUAGGUUUUUAAGUGAAAUAAAUUUGACUAGAUAUGGAUGCACAUGCCAGAAAUGCAAAAAACAAUGUGUACAUUUUUGUUUUUUGGCAAAGAUGUUAUUACAUUGAGGAAUCAAGGAAUAUUAUUUCUAUAUUAAAAUUGCUGAUUUUGUUUUUCAUACCUAGCCAUUAUGGUUCAAUAUGUUAUUGGUCUGAACAUAACCAAGUUUUAAAGAUUUCUAACUGGACUCAUUUUCUAGCCAUUUUUGUAUGUGUAUCACUUGCUUAUAUUCAGUGAGAAAUGUACAGAAUAAAGCACAUUGUUUGAUGGAAAAGAUGAUAA